UUUAGCCCUUUAACAUACUUCAAAGAUGUUCCAGACCUACAAUCAGAUAACAGUGUAGUAAUUGUUCUUCUCCAUUGCUCAUUAAAUGAUAUGAAAUAGGAUAUGUAUCAGAAGUUUAAUACCUAGUGUUGGUUUCAAUGUACGCGGGCUCUUUUUAGAAUCACUGAAGCCACCAUUGCGAAACAAAUGAACUUGUUUAACAGAGCGACGGUACUUUGCUACUAACUAAAGACAGAGGUAUAGAAGAGUCUCGGCCAAGUGUGGGGGAUAAUGCCACUAAUUGAUCAUCUCUAUGUUGUAUAAGGGCUUACGUGUUGAAAUAAUGGAAACUCCAUAAAAACAUUUUCCGCGCACCUUUUAUGAAAGGUAUUCCCACUCAAACGAUAUCUUAUCAAAUGAAGACAUUUGUUUCGGUGCAUUGUCCAGAAGAUUAAUGGCAGCGAUUCAAGAUCACCAACAAUGUCUAUGAAGAGAGGAUACUCCCGUGCUAGUCAGAACAGCCUGGACAAAAUGCAGAACGGGACGGGAGAUAACUCGUCAUUGGGGACUGAGGAUGACAGGGACCGGUCUGUGAGCCAUGCCUCUCUAGAGUCUACAACACUGUCACUGGCAAUAUCCCCCAGUCCCAGCGGUACUCCCAUUCCAAGCCCCAGUCCAAGUCCUAGCACAAACAGUGUCCAACAGAAUGGGGAGAUGGGACCCCGCCGCGACUCGUCGGUCUCGGGGUCAUCCGUGGGGGGUCUGUCCCGGAUCCCGUCCAUCGCCAAGGGCUCGCAGCUGUCCAUGCAGUCCAGCUUUAACCUGGAAAUAGACUCGGCCAGGGGAACCCCGGUGAGGGCAGCGGAAUCCCCGUCACUCGCUAAGGAGGUCAAGAAAAAGAAUGAUUCAAAGAAGUCCUCAAAUCGUCAGCUGUUGGCCCCGAAACUGAUUUUACAAGCAGCAAAAAAGAACGAUACGGAAUUGUUAUCCCGACUUUUGGCGGAGUUUCCCGAGGCGGACCUCACAGCUGUAGAUGAAAAUGGUAAAACAGCUUUACAUCACUGCGCAAACAAUGCCGACGCUAGCAACACGGACACAUUGCUGUCACGAGGGGCGCAACCCAACACCAUCGAUAAGAAUGGUCAGACGCCGUUACACAUUGCCGCCAAGAAAGACGCCGUGGAGGUCAUUGAGAUGUUGGCUGUCAAUGGCGCCUUACUAGAUUACCCGGAUGCUAAAACUGGCCAAACGGCUCUACACUACGCAGUGGCCAAGAACUUCCUGUCCAGUGUUCAGAUUCUGAUUUUUAGCGGCGCUGACUCGAAUGUUAAAGACAAGCAAGGACGCACGCCCCACAUCGUGUGUCGUUCUAAGGAGAUGCGUACUUUGCUAUCCAUGAACAGCUCGGCCGCGGCGAAUGUGUCCAUGGGAGAGAUGAUGCUACAAACAGUUGAAAUAAUAGGAGGUGCAAAGACAUAUUGUGAUAGACUAGACAUUACGAUCGACUUCAACUCGGGUGCUGUCGGGGACAAGUUCUCAAUGAUGUGCAGACGACAACCAAUCGAUUUUUGUGACGUCAGUUUUAAUUUUGGCGCGUCAGAGGAAGUCAUAAGUGAUGUGAUCACUUACCGUGUUCAGAGAAAGGGACGCAAAACUUUGUGUAUUUUCACGGUGCCUAUAUAUUGCAAGCCAUUAAGCACAGAGGAAGUGAUUCUAAAGAGCAACGAGGGACACGCCUUAAUUGUUUCAAAAGUGUUUGAAAAGGAUAAGGUAUUCUACUGUGAGGUACCUUUUGAUCUUCCGGAACUGAAUGCCUUUGUUUUUGUGGCUCGUACAAAACAAGAAUCGUUUACAGCAACCAGUGAUAACGUCACUAUUACGUCAGAGGUUAAUGAUAAGGUCAAGCUGAUUUUACCAAAGGGAACGUUUGAGGGCCCAACAAAACUAUUUUUCCAAGUUACUGAACCACCAAACGCCGAUAUCUUGGAGACUUCGGAGAUGAAGGAUGUGUACUCCAUUACACCGUUCGUUCGGGUGGAAGCGGAAAAUCACGUGGGUCCCAAACAAGAUGUUCAACUCCAGCUCCCUCUACCGGAGGAGUACGGCGUAGGCGGAACCAUUAAGAUAUUUACCUCUAACGUAUAUGAAAUAGACGAUAUAAGUGAAAAUAGUUGGACUCUCUUAGAUACAAGAUGUAAUGUGACCAAAGAUGCUAUUUCAUUCGAUUCACGGACGUUUUCAUUGAAGGUUGCAGUUGAAACAAAGAAGGAUGUUACUUUUGAAACUCUUCGACCACAAGUUCACUCCAUGUUUCAGAAGGCACGUAAGAGGGACCACACGGUAGCGUUUGUCGCCAUGUCCAAAAGACUGGAAGAAUCUGAUUCCUUCCAAGUAGCCAUAGAGUGUGCAACGAUAGACAGAGUUGAUGAUUGCAAAAGUUUCUGGCUGAACGAAGGGUUUAAAGAUCAGCGCCCCAAGAAAUCCCAGUCGUACACGAUCAAAUCCAGAGAGCAGUUCAUUCUGUUUGUAAAAAAUCUCAAGCUAAUGAGAGACUCGGAGGAUAUACAGUUCCAGUUUCACGCCAGGCGGCGGAACUUCCAGUGUUUUACCGUGGAAACUUCUGCUCAAGUUAAAAAAGUAACCGGACAAGUCCAAGUGAUGAAAAUCCUUCCAAACCCGGAUCCGGAUCAGUUUGGAGAGGUCAAACGGAAAACGAAAAGCAUUACAAAUAUACCCAUAAAUCUUUCAAAGGAAGUGGAAGGUGAAGAAGAAGAAGAAGAAAUGGAAGAGGAGGAAGAGAAAGUACAUGAAGUUCUUCCCCCAGUGGAGACUCAGAAACCUCCCAAAUCUUCUCCCAAGCCCUCUCAUAAACCCGCACCCAAAGCUAUCACCCCCAGCAGGAACUUGAUUCCGAACGACGGGCCGAGUGAACCCACCAGUCGUACCUCCAUCGCCGUCAUGAAACAGAAGAGCUUUGAUUUUACCUUAAGUGAGAAAGGAGACCCUUCUUUUAAAGGUUUCACUGAUGACAAGUUCCUGCGGGAACUCUGUAAGGAGCUGGACGAGGAGUGGUAUAAGGUGGCUGUACUGAUGGGCUGGAACUACGCCGAUAUAGAGCGGAUGGUCACGGAAAAUAGUCCCUCCCAGGACGAACUUAUCUGGCAUUUUCUGUUGUCGUGGAGAAACAUGUGUAAAACCAAAGACGACCUGGGACUUCCGGUUCUAGUCACUGCACUCUCCAAGGGAGGGAGGAAGGAUCUGUGUACCGUCAUUACCCUUGACCUCCGGGAAUGGAUAUCUAACGAGGACAAUAAGAAGACCAAGUUCUACAGAUGGGCAAUAAAAGCUUUUGAUAAUUCCGACCUUAUGAACCCAGGGGACUACCCACCCCCUCUCUCUGACCAGUUCCUGGUUUUACUGGUGGACAUGAUCAAGAGUCAGAUGGACAUCAUGGAGCCCCUAGGUCUCACUCAAAAAGAGGUCGAGCGAGUCAUGGCGAGCAACCGCUACAAGGGGCUCGAUGAGAAACUGCUCAAGUUAUUCAUUAUGGGUAGAGAAAAGGCAUCAUUGAAAAAAGACUACCUCAAAAAGAUGGUUCGGGUAUUCGAUCAUUACGGCCUACAAGAAGCUAAAAGAUGGCUCGUCAUCGCAUGUAAAAAAUGGCUUGAGGACAAUGAAAAGAGCGGUGACCCACUUUACGAGGACGUGAAUAAUGUGAUCAAAAGUAUCGGCUCAGCGCCACACCCACACUGAAUCGCCCCUAACCUUUUUCAUACUCCUAAAUUGUAAACCAAGCAAACCCGGUCUUUCAUUUUUUUUUUUUUGUUACUCACGUGUACAAAAACUUGUUCUGUGACAUUUUACAUGUUUUAAGAAUAGUCUUGCUCUUAUUAUGCGUGUGUGAAAAUGUUUGUGUAAGGUUUAGUUUGCUGAAUGUGUGAUCCAUGAAAGUAGAAAAAAAGUAUGUAUUUUCAUUUUGUGUGCUAUUUGAUUUACACAGACACAUGUCCCUUGAUUUACAUGAAGUUCUACAUUUAUACGCCUCUUUCAAUUUGGGUUCAUUUACAUGUGUUAUUACAGCGGCGAGCGUGUGUUUUAACUUUUGAAGUAUGUGUGUUACUUUUGACGCAACUCGCGACAUAUAUGACAUCAUUUACACAUUUUGCGAUGAAAUAUCAGUAUGUUGUUGAGAUAUUUAUUUCGGGUAAACAUCAACAUUCAACUGUCAAUAUAUAUAAUAUUUUGUAAGUUUGUUGUAUUAACACAUCAAAAAUUGAUAUGAUUGUUUACGUUGCAUUUAUAAAUAACAUUUUAAAAUGACGUUUUACGUUGAUUGGGAUAACAUUUUUACAAACAGUUUGUUUUUCAAUGUUGUUUCAACAUAUUCAGUCAUUAAUUGAAUAUUCCUAGUGCUUGUAAGAGCUAGAAUACAGAACACAAGUGAAUGUUACAUUGUUUUUAUCAAUAAAGAUGUUGACAAAAAUAUGA